AAUGGCUGCUUGAGAGCAGCCAAUGGCUGAGCACCGGAUGCGAGAUAUCCGCUGCAACAACAAGCGCUCUGUUCCCCCUUCAGCUUGACGCCAUUUACAGCCCAAAUCCCGACCUCCUCUCCGGAAAGAGCAAAAAAAAAAAAAAAAAAAAAAAAAAAAAAAGAAACACACGAGAAAAAGUACUUGCAACCUCUCAGAGCCUUGCGGAUAAAACACCGAAUUUAAAACAACGUGUGCUGGAGCUUCUCUUCUUUUUUCUUCUUCGUGUUUGCAAAGAAAGUGGAGUCAAGCUAAGUUUACACUGCGGCGGUGGCUUGAUUGAAGUUUUCGCCUGUUUUUUAAUGCCUCGUGCUCUUGCGCAAAACACGGGAUUUACGUCUUAGCGCAGCUCUUAAUGAAAAUGCGCUCCGGUUGGAAACUUUCUCAAUGGAUUUUACCGACGGCUUCCCCGACUGAAUUGUUGAUAUAGGGAAUAAACUCUCUCUGGAAUUGGAUUAAUUUCACCUAAGCGGGGGCUAAAGUGUGGAAAGCACGGACUUCAGAUGUGUCCCAUGCCAGUCAGAGUGGCCCUUCAGUCCCGAGAUGGAUUCCAGAAGUCAGAACGACAGCGACGGGGGAGGAGGACACCACGGGUGGUCACCGUCACCGACUGGCUCGCUGGGCACGCCGCAUGACGAAGGGAGACUGCAACCACAGCCUCCGCAAACCCCCGAUGGUCCACCAGAUCCCUUGUUGACCAACGGGCAGCCACCGCAUACUCCACCAGUGUUAUCUCUGGAUCAGAUUAGGAUAACUGGGAGUAGUAAUGAGUAUACAGAAGGGCCCACAGUUGCCCAAAGGUCUCCGGCCUCACAGCUUAGGCAGCAGAAGAAUGACUUGGUUACGUCAUCAGUUUUGAGGAGCGGCGAUCAGCAGGAGACUCGGGAAGAGAGGCCGAAUAAUCUCCGGAACCUGCAUUCAUUGACUCAGCAUGGAAACACAGAUACUUCCAUCUCUUCCAGAGAGGGCGUGUUGCGGUCCUCCAGCGUCGAGGACUCCCAGAGUAGCAUCAGGACCAGCGUGGGGAGCACUUCUUCAGGCCAGAGGCUCCUCAGCAGCCCGGCAAGCAGCGAGCAGAUAAUCAGAACCCAGCCGAAACGCGCAGAGCUGAACUCAGAAGAGCUGAAACCGCUGAACGAUGAGUGCAGGGCAGUGGUGGCAGUGCCAGGCAGCAGAGGCUCUAAAGGCAAACACACCAACAAGUGCGAGGACUGCAGCCGCUGCCGGUGUUCAGAGUGCAGUCGCCCACGGGUGCUCCCCUCCUGCUGGAUGUGCAGCCAGAGGUGCAUGUGCUCAGUGCAAGACGCAGUGGAGUACGGGACGUGCGUCUGCUGCGUCAAGGGGCUUUUCUACCACUGCUCCAGCGACGACGAGGACACGUGCACGGACAAGCCCUUCUCGUGCACGCAGUCGCACUGCUGCGUCCGCUGGACCACCGUGUCACUCCUCUCCUUGCUCUUCCCCUGUCUCCUGUGCUACCUCCCGGCUAAAGGAUGUGUCGCCGUGUGCCAGUGCUGCUAUGACCGAGUCACACGACCCGGCUGUCGGUGCAAGAACACAAACCCAAUCCACUGUGAUGCUGUUGGCAAGCCAACGUAGACAAGACGGUCAUGUGUAUGUGUUUAAAAUGCAAAAAAAAAAAAAGUGGAUGAUGAAAAAGAUAAUGACUCAACGUUGACUGAACUGAUGUUUUGGUCUUGUAGUUUUGUAGUCUGAAAAAGUUUGAUUAGAGAGAUAGUGAUGCUGUCAUGCUUGAGUUUUUGUGUUUUUCCAUCUACAUCUUCGUGCCUACCAGAUCUUGGCAGAGACAAAGUCAAAAUUUGCCUUAAAUUGUCAACUUUUAAAGUGACUCGACAAAAUGUUUUUUACCUACUAAAGGCCUACACUCACCCUGGCAAAAGUUUCACUUGAAAGGUAAACCAAAAUAAGCGCUCCACGUUUUUUUUUAAAGGUAUGAAGACAUACUCAACUACUGUUUUUGUCCUGGAAAAUAAUUCUUCACUCAAGUGCCCAGAUAUUGUUGUUGCUAUGAGAGUCCAAAUGGAUAGCCUUUUUUUUUUUUUUUUUUAACAUUUAAUACAACUUAUAUGCUAAGAACAGACUCCUGUUACUAACUGUAUGUAAAGUAGUCAAUGCAAAGGGUAUGUAAAUUAGAAAAUGAGUUUGAGAGAUGUUUUAUUUUUGUACAUAUAAUAAUACUUCAACUGUGAAAAGUUUUCUGCCAUACCAGAGGCACCUUGAUAAAUCCACAUUUCUAUGAAUCAGUAAACUUCAUUCAUACAAUGUUUUUACAUUCACUGGAAUGUAUAUCAAUCAUUUUAAUGUAAUUUACAAAGGAAAAAUCUUAUCCCUUCUACUUGUAAAUUGUACAGUGACCUUAUAUGAAAAAUUUAUUUUCUAAUUCCAACAUUGCUUAGUGUAAAGUUAAAAAAUAUAUAUUUAUUUGAAGGUUUAUUAUUUUAUAAUGAAAAAUAUUUAUUUUGAGAAAGCAUUGUUACUGUGUCACCCUUUUUCGGGCUCUUCUGUAGUCGCUGCAGAUACGAGGUGACCUGUAGGAGUGUGGAAGCUGGAUGAAUAGUUCACUAUGAAUUAGAAGACAAAUAUAUUAACGUUUGAAAUUAAACAACCUUGAAGUCUGA